AUGACUUGUGGGAUCAAUUCCAAGCCUACGUACCCCGUUGUACGUCGUGAUGACGACAUGGUUGAAACUCUUCAUGGUAUUCAAGUCUCGGAUCCCUAUCGUUGGUUAGAAGAUCCUGAUUCAUGUGAGACACGUGCGUUCGUCACGCAACAGAACACUGUAACACAACAGGUGUUUCACGACCAAGUACCGUAUGUCGCAGAAAUCAAAGCACGAUUGACUGAACUUUUUGAUUAUGAAAAGUAUUCAGCACCAAAAAAAUACAACAAUCAGUACAUUUAUUCCAAAAAUAAUGGACUUCAGAAUCAAAGUGUCUUGUAUAUACAAGAUGAAUUACAUGGUGAGCCACGCGUGUUAUUAGAUCCAAAUCUAUUUGCAACGGAUGGCACAGCAGCUCUUUGUAGUCGUGGGUUUUCCGAAGCAAAACUUCAAGAUAACAAGUUAUUUUUUGCAUAUGGCGUUUCAUAUGGCGGAUCCGACUGGCAGACGAUCAAAAUCAUGGCCGUACACGAGAAUUUUAAGGUACUGGAUGAUACAAUUGAAUGGGUCAAGUUCUCGACGAUUACAUGGACACAUGAUGAUAAAGGUUUCUUCUAUUCACGAUAUCCUUCUCUAGAAAAGAUGAAAGGUAAACAAGAGACGGACGAUGAACGAGAGCUCGAAAAAGGAACGGAGACGGAUUCAAAUAUGAAUCAUCAGCUAUGGUAUCAUACACUGCAUACGUCACAGACACAGGAUAAACUCGUGUUCGCGUACCCUAGUGAUCCCACGUUUGUUGUUGGAGCACAAGUCUCGGAUGAUGGCAACAAAUUACUCUUGUACGUUCAGGAUGGAUGCAAGAAUGCCAAUAUGGUUCACGUGGCGGAUCUGAGCGACUUUGCAAACUUUUUGAAAGGACCGAGCGACUCGACUAUACCAGUGACACCACUUGUCGAUAACAUGGAUGCCGCGUACUCGUAUAUUCUGAACGAUGGUGACUACUACUACUUUAAAACCAAUGCCAAUGCUCCUCGCGAGCGUGUAGUGCGUACCAAGCUGAGUGACAAACCCGAGUGGGAAGAAGUGAUUCCUGAACAGCCCGAUGCCAUUGUAAUGGAAGGUGUACACCCUGUUGCGUCGAACUUGCUUGUUGUGCAGCUUCUUAAGGACGUGCACCAUGAAUUGCACGUGUACAAUCUUGAUGGUGUAUUCCAGUACGAGAUUCCGCUGCCCACUGUCGGUACCGUCUGGGUGACCAGCAAGCGCACGGAACCGGAGCUGUUUUACCACUUCGUUUCGUUCCUGUACCCGGGGUCAAUCUUUCGCAUUGAUUUCUCGAAAAACUUGGAAACAACUUCCGGAACGGCACCUGAUGCUGAGCUCUUCCGUGAGACGAAAGUAAAGGGAUUUGACCCGAGUCAGUUUGAGGCAAAGCAAGUCUUUUACUCGUCCAAAGAUGGUACGAAGAUUCCUAUGUUUCUUGUGAACCGUAAGAACGCGCCAAAGAAUGGCGAAUUGCCGGUGUACCUGUAUGGGUAUGGUGGCUUCAAUAUCUCGCUGACACCGGCCUUUAGCGUCGCGCGACUCGUUUUCGUCCAGCACUUUAAUGGCAUGCUGGCACUGCCUAAUUUACGUGGUGGUGGCGAGUACGGCGAGCAAUGGCAUCAAGAUGGCAUGCUGCACAAGAAACAGAAUGUGUUUGAUGAUUUUCACAGUGCUGCCGAGUACCUUAUUGAGGAAGGCUACACGAACCCUAAAAAAAUCGCUAUCAAUGGCGAAUCCAACGGUGGUCUGCUGGUGGCGGCUGCCUGCAACCAGCGCCCCGAUCUCUUCCGUUGUAUCGUAGGUGCAGUGGGUGUCAUGGACAUGCUGCGUUUCCACAAGUUUACUAUUGGCCACGCAUGGCGUUCGGACUACGGUGAUCCGGACGUAGCAGAAGACUUCCACUGCAUUCGGAUGUACUCACCGGUUCACAACGUUCCGUGCGCUGGUAGCCCAAUCAUGCAAAAGCUCGCAGAGCGUGGUUUUCCGGCAGUGCUUUUAACUACCGGCGACCAUGACGACCGAGUUGUGCCCCUGCAUUCAUACAAGCUUAUCGCGGAGCUACAGUACCAGCUCGGUCGCUCAGAGGUACACACGAACCCCUUGCUCAUCCGCAUUGACACGAAGUCCGGUCAUGGAGCUGGUAAGCCUACCACCAAGCUUAUUGAGGAGACGUCCGAGGUGUAUGCCUUUAUUGCAUGGAAUCUUGGUGCACCUUUUGUUGCAGAAGAAUGCGCGGCUAACAGUAACUGA